CAAAAGGACACUCUGCAGACUUUGAUAACAUCAAGCAGCACAGACCAAACUGCACCUUCAGUACAGCUGGACACCAUGGAUGAAAUGUCUGUCUAUAUAAAUGUAGAGGAAUCAUCGGUUUACUACAGCCGGAGCAACAUGGAGACAAAAAUAUCAGAACAUAUUUAUGAAAAUGUGCCUAUUCUUACUCAGAGACACCAUGGACCUGGAACUGCACCCUCAGAUGCUAAAGAAGUAAAGAGGACUUCCUGCAGAGCUGCUCACUUUUGCCUGUGUCUGCUGUGUCUAUUCCUUCUGACUGGACUUGUAACUCUGGUUUACCUCGUCAUCAACAGCAACUCUGAGUGGAAAAUGGAGAUGGUCUUGUUACAAAACAGUUACAAGAACCUGACAAUACAGAACGACCAGCUACAGACAAGUUACAACAUCCUGACUGAAGAAAGAGAGCAGCUUAAGAUCAGCAACAACAACCUCACCAGUGAGAGAAACCAGUUACACAUUAACCUGACAAUACAGCUACGGACAAGUAAUAACAUCCUGACUGAAAAAAGAGAGCAGCUUAAGAUCAUUGAUGCCCUGACCAUUGAAAGAAAUGAUCUUCAGAGAAAACUUCAAGGUAAUUCAAAGUUUGAAGGUGAUGAAGGCCAAAAGGACACUCUGCAGAUUUUGAUAACAUCAAGCAGCACAGACCAAACUGCACCUUCAGUACAGCUGGACACCAUGGAUGAAAUGUCUGUCUAUAUAAAUGUAGAGGAAUCAUCGGUUUACUACAGCCGGAGCAACAUGGAGACAAAAAUAUCAGAACAUAUUUAUGAAAAUGUGCCUAUUCUUACUCAGAGACACCAUGGACCUGGAACUGCACCCUCAGAUGCUAAAGAAGUAAAGAGGACUUCCUGCAGAGCUGAUGCCUUUUGUCUGUGUCUGCUGUGUCUAUUCCUUCUGACUGGACUUGUAACUCUGGUUUACCUCGUCAUCAACAGCAACUCUGAGUGGAAAAUGGAGAUGGUCUUGUUACAAAACAGUUACAAGAACCUGACAAUACAGAACGACCAGCUACAGACAAGUUACAACAUCCUGACUGAAGAAAGAGAGCAGCUUAAGAUCAGCAACAACAACCUCACCAGUGAGAGAAACCAGUUACACAUUAACCUGACAAUACAGCUACGGACAAGUAAUAACAUCCUGACUGAAAAAAGAGAGCAGCUUAAGAUCAUUGAUGCCCUGACCAUUGAAAGAAAUGAUCUUCAGAGAAAACUUCAAGGUAAUUCAAAGUGUAAAAAAACUGAUGAGAUGGUUUCCCUUGAAGAAGAACUUGAGCCCUCCAUGGUAUAUGAAAACUUCCAUUAUGUUUCAGCCAGGAAUGCUGCAUCCCGUCCAUCUGGUGAAGAAUUCAAGAUGCCGGCUGCAGCGCCUGGAAUGAAAAUGUUCAGAAUGGUUGUUGUGAGUUUUGGACUCCUGUGUAUCCUACAAGCUGCUCUCAACAUUUCCCUGCGUCUCACUCUCUUUUCACAGCAAAACUCCCUGACUGAAGAAAGAGACGAGUUAAAGAGAAUCAACUUUGAUCUGGAGGCCAGUAGCAGAAACCUGACUGAGGAGAGAGAUGAGCUGAAGAGAACUCUGAAGAACUAUGUUUCAGAGCAAAACUCCCUGACUGAAGAGAGAGACGACUUGAAGAGAAUCAUCCUCGAUAUGGUGACAACUAACAAAAAUCUGGCUGAGGAAAGACACAAUCUGACGACAACUCAGACAGACUGUGGUUGGUUGUAUUUCAAUGAUAGUGCCUAUCAUUUUUCCUCUAUUGAGAAAAACUGGCAAGAGAGUAGGGAUGACUGUCUUCAAAAAGGUGCGGAUCUGGUGAUUAUCAACAGCCAAGAAGAACAGAAUUUCCUAAGCCAAUUUAAGAAGACAAUGUGGAUUGGUCUGACUGAUUUGGAGACUGAGGGGACAUGGAAAUGGGUUGAUGGGACUCCAAUGACGGAGAGAUAUUGGGGUCCAAACGAGCCUAAUGGUAAAACAUCGGAAAACUGUGGGGAUACAAAGCAGUAUGAUGUGGGAAAUCACUGGAAUGAUGAAAACUGUAACGUUAAAGUCUUCUGGACCUGUGAAAAGAUAGUCCAUCCAUAACUCUGCAUCUAAACUCACCAGGCUUUACGAAAUGUCUGGACCAUCAAAGCAUUAUGGACACAUUACUGUCAACUGUAAGCAGCAUUUUUGAUUUGCCAGUUUAUAGUAAAAACAUGGUUGUGAUUGCACUGAAGAAAAGGUUACUUUUAAACAUAAAAAAACAAAUUUCCAAUUAGAUUCACUGCUUUGGCUCAAAGAAUAAUGAAAUUACUAAGCAAGCCUUGAUUCAUUGCUAAAUACGUGUCUGUUGUUUACAUCAUGCAUUGAGUGAAUUUUAAUAUAUUGUUUUUAUCAUUAUACUGCUGCAAAGGUGGGAAGUAACUUAGUACAUUUACUCAAGUACUAUACUUAAGUAAACAUUUUAGAUACUUUUACUUUACUUGAGUGCUUUCAUGUUAUGUUGCUGUGUACUUCUACUCUAAUACAACUCAGAGGUAAAUCGUGUACUUUUACUCAACUAAAUGUAUUUAACACCUUUAGUUACUUUGCAGAUUUGGAUUAAUGAAGUGAAAUAUAAUCAAAACUUAAAUCAGACUUUAGUUAAACCGGGAGUAAAUUCACGAGCUCCCCUGAUGUAUAAGAAGUUAUUAAAACUAGCUACACCUUUACAAGCUUUGAGACCACUUUAAGGCAUCAAUAAUCAUAAUAAAACAUAUAUAUUAUUCGGAAGUGGACUAAUCUGCAUAAUGAGUACUUUUACUUUUGAUACUUUAAGUUUAUUUUGAUGCUAAUACUUUUCUACUUUUACUUGAGUAACAUUUUGAAUGCAGGACUUUUACUUGUAACAGUGUAUUCCUACACUGUGUUACUUCUACUUCUACUUAGGUACAGGAUCCAAGUAGGCCUACUUCUCUCACCACUGGCUGUUAGAGCUGUAUGUUCCAGAUCUUAGUCAUUUUGGGUUAGGUGUAUUUUAAGGAAGACUGUAAUAUUAAAAAAUACUGUAUGUCCUUGGACAAUCACA